UAUCGGAGCAAGACUCAACUGGAUACUACAUUUUGGAUUGGCACCUCGAUUUAAUAGCAAUGUAAAAGUGAUACAGAAACGUGACCAAUGCCUAUUCCUUGAGGUUGACAUCGUUCCAGAAGAGUUCCAUCAGAACGUGCCCACAACCGUUCCGCUUCUCGGGGAUAUCGGAGAGACACUUUACUCGAUGUUAACGGAACUAGACGACUGGAAAUAUUCGGAGAAUAGCAAGUGGAUGAUGGAUUUACUAGCGAAUGCUCAGAAAAACAGAGACACUGUUGAACGUAUGGCGGCUGACCAUUCUGUUCCUCUCAACUACUAUGCUGCUUACACGCCGAUCCGCAAAUUCCUCGAACAGAGUGAUGUCCUCGUAGUGAACGAAGGCGCGAACACGAUGGACAUCGGACGGACGAUGAUGCCGUCUGUACUGCCACGUAGUCGACUCGAUGCUGGAACAUUCGGUACAAUGGGUGUAGGCCACGGCUACUCAUUAGCGGCAGCUCUAUAUUGCCGUGAUCAUUCGCCAAAAACUAAAGUUCUUGUCGUGCAAGGAGAUAGUGCGUUCGGAUUUUCGGCUAUGGAACUCGAAACUAUUGCCAGGUAUCCUGUCCUAUCUCUGUCGGCGGAGUGUCGUUACGACGAACUGUGUAAAGCCCUGGGUGGAGACGGCUAUUUCGUUCGCAGUGUUCCCGAAAUUGAGCAAGCUCUCGCGGAGGCAUUCCGAAAAACCGACGGUCCAAGCGUGAUUAAUGUGAUCAUAUCAACAGAUUCGGAAAGGAAAGCCCAGCUUCAUCCAUGGUUGGCUCGUUCAAAAGUAUGA